AUGGCAAUUGCAAUUGACUUCAAGUGGUAAGUAAGCAUUUUUCUGCUAGACCAAGUACUCUUAUUCCCUUCACACCGAUCGAAUGAGAGAAAGAAAGACAGAGAUAGAUAGAUAGAUAGAUACUAUAAUACAGAGAGAUGGCAUUAUGGAGAGAGUUUAAGGUCUGUUAUUGUAAACCGGGUGAAAAUGGUGGAGUACUGAUUACCGCGCUGGAUCUCUGAGUUUCCAACUGCACGAGGUGGCUUCUUGACUUUUUGCACAUGCUCAAAGGCUCAGUCAAGAAACCGUUCAAUCCCGACAUGUCCCUCAAAUCCACCAAAAAUCCUGACAAAGUUUAAACUCAAAAGAAAACUCAUUGCUUUACUCCAAAGCCAUUUUGCAGCUUUUCACACAGAGAAUAGAAAAGAGAUUCUUGAUUUCAGAUAUUGGGUUGAACCUUCAGAUUUUGGUGUUCUCUUUGUUCUGAAUGGGCGAACCCAUCAACAAUAAUGCUUUCCGGUGAAGGAACUGUUCAAGAAAUCCAGAACCGUCAGAUUUUCGACCAUUACUCUGCUACACAAAAAGCCGCUGAAACUGCUACUUUUUUUAACCCUAAUUUCCAUUUCACUAACAGUGCUACAUCUCACCAACACCACCCAUUUCAUCAUUCAGAAUUCCCAACUAAUAACACCCAGCUGACUAAUCUUUAUGACCCACGCGUUUAUGGCAGCGCAUCAGCUUCAUCCUACUCAGCAGAGACUUCAAUGCUCAAUCUGGAACCGGAUAGACCGAACGGGUUCAUGAUGGUGCCAAAGGGAGAAACUGUGGUUGGUGGGGUCGAGUUUAAUUCUUGUGCAAGUAGAAUUGGAUUGAAUUUGGGUGGUAGGACUUAUUUUGCUUCGUCUGAGGAUAACUUCGUGAACCGGUUCUACCGCCAGACCAGGACCGUCGAGCCUGGUCCGGUGAACUCACCUAAGUGCCAAGCUGAAGGAUGCAGCUCUAACCUUAACCACGCCAAGCACUACCACCGCCGCCACAAGGUGUGUGAGUUCCACUCCAAGGCCUCCACGGUCUUCACCGCGGGGUUGACUCAGCGAUUCUGCCAACAAUGCAGCAGAUUCCAUACACUCUCGGAAUUCGAUAACGGGAAGAGAAGCUGUCGGAAAAGGCUGGCCGACCAUAACCGCCGGAGGCGAAAAUCCCAGCAAUCAAACCAAGAACUUACAAGUCCCACCUUGCUAGUGCCGGCCGCAAUUCAUCCUCUGAAAACCUAACAAGGUCUCCACUGAACUCCGAUUUCAACACCAAGAAGAAUAUCACUGGAUUGUUUUAGGCAAAGACAGGGUGCCACCACAAUUUCUUCAACGGCAUCAACAAGCUCACUCUUUUUUACCAACGGAUGACUUCUUAUCAUAAAAACAUCUGAAGAUUUUGCCAAUUUAGCACUGAGUUAGCUUUGUAAUAAUAUUGGUUUUAACCCUGCAGUUUUUUAUUUCAAUGUUAAUUUCCUCGAAAAGUCGAUCAAAUAUGAUCUGGGGAAUUGGAUUCCUAUACCAUUUCCACCAUUUGCAUUA